AGUUCCAGGACAGCCAGGGCUACACAGAGAAACCUUAUCUCAAAAAACCAAAAGAGAGAGAGAGACAGAGAAUUCCAGAAUUCCACCAUGCCCUAGCGACUGGCUGGUGCCUAUUCUAACACUUAUCAGCUCGCACUGCAAUGGUUUGUUUGCAAAGCAAAGCUGUUUUCCGCUUAAAAAAAAAAAAAAAAGUGUCCUCCAGGAUUAGCUAGUUCCUGGCAAACAAUUGAAAUUCCAGACUCGCCCAGUGAAUGAAUGAAAGCAAGACCUAAUCCAGGUGCUUCUCUUUGGUGCUUCACUUAACAGCAGGGCUCCCAUCAGACACAGCAUGGAAGACUCUUGAGUUUCCACUGUGGGGCCCAGCCUUCCUUCUAAGGCCUCAGAGUCACUGGUCCUGCCAGGGUAUAUAGUAGAGUGGUUGCAUCCAGAGGAGGGGGAGGAAGGCCCCGAUGCCAUAGUCAAUCUGGGCUUGGGUUGGAAAACAAGGUUGAAGUUACUUAUUAGCAGGUUAAAGGGUCAAGGGUCGAGUCAAGGGGGCUGGAGGCAGAGUGGACUGAGCGGCCAGCAGAGAACAGUUAAGGCGGAGGUCCCCUCAACUGCAGAGCUCUCCUCCAGAGAUGUUCCACCAAGUUUGGGCAGCUCUACUCUCUCUCUAUGGCCUUCUCUUUAACUCCAUGAAUCAGUGCCCUGAGCACAGUCAACUGACAACGCUGCGAAUAGACGACACGGAGGCCCCAGAGCCCCACCUGGGCCUGUGGUACUUCAUCGCAGGGGCAGCCCCCACCACGGAAGAGCUGGCAACUUUUGAUCCGGUAGACAAUAUUGUCUUCAACAUGGCUACCGGCUCUGCCCCAAGGCAGCUCCAGCUUCAGGCUACCAUCCGCACGAAAAAUGGGGUCUGUGUGCCCCGGAAGUGGACAUACCACUUGACUGAAGGGAAAGGAAAUGCAGAACUCAGAACGGAAGGGCGCCCAGACAUGAAAACAGACCUGUUCUCCAGCUCAUGCCCAGGAGGAAUCAUGCUGAAAGAGAUGGGCCAGGGUUACCAACGCUUUCUCCUCUACAAUCGAUCACCACACCCUCCAGAGAAGUGUGUGGAGGAAUUCCAGUCUCUGACCUCUUGCUUGGACUUCAAAGCCUUCUUAGUGACUCCCAGGAAUCAAGAAGCCUGCCCGCUGUCCAGCACAUGACUUCACCUGCGUCCUAGACAGACAAGAUAGGAGCCGAGCUUCCAGGGGAGAAGCCAGAGACUCCCGCUCCCUCCCAUGGAUAAUAAAGAUGAUGUAUCAAUCCUCA